AUGCCGCCGGACAAGUCGUUGUCGUCGAGGAUUAAGGUGUUAAGAUACAAGCAGCUGGCGAGAUCCGCCGGUAUGCUGCCGGUCAAACCGUUUCGCGACAGGUCGAGGGUGGUCAGAUACGGCAGCCAAUCGCAGAUUCGCGAGGGAAUCUGGCCCGAUAGGGAGUUGCCGGAGAGAUCUAGGGUUUGGAGGCUGUGGCAGAACUGCAGGGAGUCCGGGAUGUCUCCGGUGAGGGCUAAAUCGCGGAGGUCCAGGCCGAUCAGGCGGUUCUCGCGGUCGUUCCAGCAAGAGACGCCACUGAAGGUGCAGAUGAAGCCGACGGAGGUGUUGGCGAAGUUCCAAGAGUCGAACCGGCCGGCGGAGUUGGGGAAGGAGUUCCUCACCUCGCGCAGGCACCUGACGUCAUCCUCGGCGGGGAUAGUGGAGAAAAGCAGGGUCAGCAACAGUAGAGAGCAGAGUACGGAUCUACCGAGAUGGUGGUGGCGAUUCAUUAUUGGUCAAAGUGUUGGUGCCGCCGCAAUACGCAGCCUUUAUUUUUCUCUGUUCCCGAUCUCGUCAAAAUCUGUUCACCCUCUCUUCUUCUCUCGUAUCGAUCGCCGACCUCAUCUCCUCUGCGAAUUUUCCGUCAUCCUCCUCUCACCUCCCUCGCCACGACAUCUCGACAUCAUCACCCUUCCGUCCCUGCUCUGCUCGUGA